AUGAGCGUGCAGAACCUUAACACCUUCGACCCCUUCGCAGACGAGGGUGACCCGCUCGGAAGCACUCAGGACGUUGGAUCGCAGCAGAAUUAUAUCCAUAUCCGCAUUCAGCAGCGGAACGGUCGCAAGACCUUGACAACCUUGCAGGGCUUGCCUAAGGAGUACGAUGCCAAGAAGCUCUUGAAGGCAUUCAAGAAGGAAUUUGCUUGCAACGGCACCCUCGUCGAUGAUGAGGAGGCUGGUCAAGUCAUCCAACUCCAGGGUGAUCAGCGUCUGAAGAUUUCCACUUUUCUUACCGAGGAGGGCAUCCCCAAGAACACCAUCAAGAUUCACGGGUUCUGA